AUGUCGAUGCAAAACAAGACUGUCCGUAAGAGAGCUAAGACACCAGAAGAAAAAGAAAAGAAGCGUAUUGAGCGUAUUCUUCGUAAUCGUCGAGCAGCUCAGGAGUCUCGUGAACGUAAGAAGUUGUAUUUGCAACAUGUUGAACGCAAGUUACAACUGCUGGAACAGUUGUUGUUUCGCGGCUCUGUCGAUGUUGAACAAGCCUUUGGUGACCAACAUUCCUUAUCAGUACUAGAAGAGUACCGUAGAUUGUGUGGCGAUGCUACUUUGGGUGGCAGCGCUUCCUCUUCUGUUCUGGCUAACUCCGUAUCUAGUUUUGAUUCUUCUUUAGAUACCUUGAUAAACUCCAAUGGCGGUGUUGCUACUGGAACUGCCGCUACCUCCACUGCAACCACACCAAUCGAUUCAGUGGUAAUUAAGGCUUCUGAUGAAUCUUUGGUUCCAUCUUCACAAACCUAUGAGUUCAACCGUUUCGAUGCCGAACCUCCAAUUGUCGUUAAGCAGGAGCAAGAACAAUAUGUUACAGGUUUAAUGUCAGAGUCCCACAUGGUUACAGAUGAUUGGAUUUGGCCAUGGGACCAAACUGCUGCAUUACUGUCGCCGGCUUCAUCGGCUAGUAGCUUUUUGGGUGCUGGCACCGAACUAUAUCAUGAUUCACCUCUGACGCUAUAA